CUUGGAGGGGAUUUUGGUCUUCGACUUCUUCGUAUAUAAAUCCAUCCAAAAUUUUUGAUCAUCAGUACGAAAACUGUUCAACCAAAACAAUUCAACAUGAAAGUAGUCGCCGUCCUCUUCGCCUUGGCCGCCGUGGCUGUUGCCGCUCCAACUGGAGAUGACAAAGACGCCACCAUCUUAAGAAGUGAACUCGAUAACAUCGGAACUGACGGCUUCAACUGGGCAUAUGAGACCAGCAACGGCAUCUCCGCCCAGGAACAAGGACAGUUGAACAAUGUUGGAACUGAAAACGAAUCCAUCGCUGUUCGUGGAUCCUUCAGGUACAUUGGACCUGAUGGUGUGACUUAUGAAGUCACCUACAUCGCUGACGAAAAUGGUUUCCAACCACAAGGUGCCCAUUUACCAGUGGCUCCACAAUAAAUGUAAAUUGUAAAUAAAAAUUUGUAUAUAAAAAUUGUAAUAACAAUGUGAUG